ACAUCAUCAUCAUCAUCAUCAGUACCAUCGUCGUCAUUAUCAUCAUCAGUAGCAGCAAAAACACGUCUACUACCAAAAUCACCACGAUCACCACCGCCAUCAUCAUCAUCGUCAUCAUCACCAUCAUCGUCAUCAUCAUAGUCGUCGUCAAUUCGUCAUAAAAAGGACCGUCUAUUUGGACAUGUCCAAACCAUUCUUUAUUUUACCUUUAGUGUCCAAUCCUCAACUAAUGGAAAAUCUUCCAUUCUGUACGAGCAGCAUGUCGGCAGCCACCCAACUGCGUCUCCAUCUAUUCCUUUAGCUGGAUGUCGGCCCUACAAACCUAAUCCUUUGACCAUUCAUGGCUACGCUCGACAGCGCAUGCAGGAGGACUCCCCUAUUUCUUUACAAUCCACUGCCCAAUUUCUCAUCGUAAUCCAAUAAAGAUUGGUCUCACCUAUUUUCCUUUCGAGGCCAGUUACCUGUGGGACACUUUUAAAGAUCUGGAGCGAACAGAGUUCACGAGCGAUCGGACAUUGUCACUUUGGAAGUUGGUUUCACCUUUCCAUAUCGGUUGCUUUUAGCAACUUUGCGCAAUUGGGGGAUCAACUUUUGUUGGUGACGACUUCGCAGAGGAAGAUAGGUUCGAACUGAUACGUUGACAAUGGCUGAGGGCAAGGAAACUAAUGUUACGACGAGGAAAAUAAGUGAAUCGCUGAAUACCGAAAUAAUUUCUGAUCCAUCACUAAAGAAAAACAUGACUUCUGGUCUUACAACCGAGAGAAACAAGCACUUGGAUAAGAAAUCACUGCCCAAACACCAAGCAUCGGUACGUCGAGUUGUUCGGACACCUAAGUGCGCCCGAUGCCGAAACCACGGGGUCGUGUCUUGCCUGAAGGGUCACAAGCGGUUUUGCCGCUGGAGGGAUUGCCGAUGCACAAAUUGUCUCUUGGUGGUGGAGCGACAACGGGUGAUGGCCGCUCAAGUCGCGCUGAGGCGACAGCAAUCCAACGACCCGUCGGCUAGCGGGAAUGGAGCAGUGAAGACGCCGGGAAGCGGCUCGGCGUCGGGCGGGGAAAGAGAAGGAGGAAACGUCAACGGCUGUAGGAAAAAGAGUGCCAAGGAGUUGGUUUCGGCUGAAGAGCUGUCGGACAGUAAACGGAAACUGGCCGAGAUAGGUGCCGAGGCUAGCCGAUUGAAAGAGAGAGUUAAGAGACUGAGUUCGACAGCAGCCAGGGGGAGAAUAAAUGGAUCUAUUGCACGGGACAUACUCGAAGGUCAACGUGGCAAGCCAGGUCGACUGUCAUCUCGCGUUCCAAGUCGCCCAGUCAUUUUCCUACCCCCGCCAGUCAGCGAGAGGAUGCGCAAACGACGCGCUUUCGCCGAUAAAGAACUAGAGACAACAAUGCUUCAACGCGAAUGCCAGUGGACGCUGAUGUUGGCGUACGCAGCCGGUGACAAGACGCUAGCGCCUUUCGCGUCACAUCCCUUCUCCUCACAUUUCGACGCAGGUCGUCACACCGGUCAAGAUACGGAUAAAGAACCGUUACGGAAUAUUCGAACCGGAUAUGGAGGUCUUAAUCAUGUGAGUGGAGAGACGAGGUCGAAUGAAUCUGAACUGUUGUGGACAGGAUCGCCGUGCAAUGAUGUGCGACUGCAGCUAGGUGGCGGCGGUGAGGUGCCGACAUUGUCCCCGAGCGUCGCAGUGCCUUGCAUGAGAACACCGAAUGCCUCGAUGGUUUCAAUUCCGUCGACGCUCAUCAAACACGGUCACGGAGCUGGAGUUGGACUUGGACAAUUUUCGGGAAAUCUCCACCGGAACCCGGCACUAACAACCAUUGUAACGAAUAAAGAACAUCGUGAAAGAUCACAUGAAGACACCUAUCUGCAUGAUCCGGCAAAACUUCCGUUGUCUAGGUGCAAAAGACUAAAAGGUGACGAAAGGUUAGGCAGUUCUUCGCAGAAUAGUAGGUUUGGUGGAGAGUUCGACAGCCGCCCAGAAGAAGCAGACUUUAGGGGUUCAGGUUCGAUGGACAGAGAUACUGAACAUGCUAAGUGGAGGGUUGUGGGUCGUGAUCAUGACAUGCAUGGACAUGGAAAACAACUUGGUCAGGAUAGCGCGGAAAUUGGACGCGACGGAUCAGAGUUUGAAGCGCAGGAUUUCUGUGAAAAGACAAUACAAGCGUCAACAAAUAAUCUAGCAUUUUCCAUUGAGAGCUUGUUAAAGAAAUGACAAUGGAACUUUAGAUCGAAAAAGACGAAGCUAAUGAAUAUAGACACUUCUAACAACUUCUCAAUGAACUUAUUAGGCAGCUACGUUCAAGGAAGAGGUUCGUCCCCUCAAUGUAAGCACAAUAUAAUAUGGGAAAAGAAUAUUUCAAUAUGCAGUCCCUCAAAUAUAGAACAAACUUGAAACUUACCGAGAAUAUUAAAGAAUUAACCUCUCUUGAUCUAUUCGUGUCUAUGUUUAAGUCCCACCUUUCCACAGAUAAAUGCAAAUUUUCCGCAUUAAUGAUUAAUUAUGGGUAGUUUUGAAUACAGUCUCAAAUGUGUACAGUAGCAUAUUUUAGCAUCCACCUCACAGACGCAUUCUGCAAUGUCGAGAAUCUAUUGAAAAUGCCAGUCAAAUCACAAUUGGUGAAUUAGAGGUCAUUGUCGAGAGUUGGUGGACCGGCACAGCACAUCGUCUGAAGAUUCGGACCGGACAAAAAAUGCAUGUUGUUUGUCCAGAGUCCUGGGGCCCGUUUCAUAAAGCUGUUCGUAAGUUACGAAUGACUACGCACGACUCAUAGACCCUUUCUUAUGCUAUAUGAUGUAUUCCUAUGUAGCUGACAUAAGUAUAAGAACAUGUUCCAGUCGUUCGUAAAGUUGUGCGUAAAUUUACAAACAGCUUUAUGAAACACCACCCAGGAUGACACUGCUGUUUUAAUUCACUCAGUUUCGGCGAAAGUUGCUUUGUUAUGAAGAGCUUUCGACCAAAUAUUUUCUGCGUUAUGUUAUAUAAAGUGCGGCGUUGUGAUUGUUAAAACGCGCUAUUGAUGUUUGUAGUUUUGAUAUAUGAUUUUUUGCUUUCUUUUCCUAUUCUAUCUUUAUAAAGCGCCAGGAGACUUAAAUUUCCACUAUAUCAAACUGAGUGUAUUGCAUUAAUAUUAACGGCCAAAAACUCUUAAACAGUAGCAAGUUUUCGCAACGACAAGCACACUGAGUUUAAGAAUUAUUGAAAAUGUCCCCCAAAUGACAAUGAACAGCCGGGAGAUCUUUGUCGAAAAUUGGUGAACCGGAAAAGCAGAUUGUCCCAAGUUUUUGAGCGGAGAAAACUGCCAAUAUAUCGUCUGUACAGGACGAAACUACUGAUUUGAUUCACCAACAUUCGACAUACAGGCUUCUUCGUUGCUCAUUCUCACGAAGGGCACUUGACAGUGCCUUAAUAUGUUCUUGAAAGCGGUCUGCAUGCGGGUGCGAAAACACCUUAGAUGUUACCGUCCAAGACAGACAUUUCGUAAAGGUUGUAAUAUCAAAAUGAGCUCCC